AUGAACACGUUGAAAUUCGAGUCAGUCGUGAGUGUAGCGCUGCCAGUGAGCAGUCCACUGCGCCUACGUAUUUCGUGCAAAAAUUGACAAACGUUAUUCGAACUUUUUGUAAUAGUUAUAAAGUUUAUUUUCGAUAUGGCGAAACUUUUAAGUCGAGAACUACCGGACAUCGAGAAUCUUUUAAAACUAAACCCAACGGUCAAACCAUACAGCAAUUUGGUGCCGUCGGUUCAAACCAAGAAAAAUAAACAACAUUGGAAAAGGAAUGAAGACCGCAAGUGUAACAGCUGCCCAACACUGGAAAAGAACUUUGACGACAUCAAGCAUACCACACUGUCUGAACGCGGUGCGCUGAAGGAGGCGGCGAGAUGCCUAAAAUGCGCAGACGCACCGUGUCAGAAGUCCUGCCCAACUCAGAUCGACGUCAAAAGCUUCAUCACUAGCAUUGCAAAUAAAAAUUAUUAUGGAGCUGCCAAAGCAAUCCUGUCCGACAACCCUCUAGGCCUCACCUGCGGUAUGGUAUGUCCGACGAGCGACCUUUGCGUAGGUGGUUGCAACCUACAUGCUAGCGAGGAAGGAGCUAUUAAUAUUGGCGGUUUGCAACAUUUUGCUAUUGACAUAUUUAUGAGGAUGGGCAUCCAUCAAACCCUCGACCCUAAAACGAAGCCGUUACCUAAGGGUGGGGAUCAAAAGAUCGCGCUGAUUGGCGGAGGACCUGCCAGUCUGAGUUGUGCGUGCUUCUUGGCACGUCUUGGGUAUAAGAAUAUAACAGUCUACGAAAAGGAGAAAUUUUUAGGGGGACUUAGUUCGUCCGAGAUACCUCAAUACCGCCUGCCAUACGAUGUGGUACAAUUCGAGAUUGACCUUAUAAAAAACUUGGGGGUUAAUUUUGUGACUGGUAGAAGCCUUUCUUCUAAUGAUAUAACGGUUGAUGGUCUACUAAAAGAUGGUCACUCCGCUGUUUUUCUCGGUAUCGGUCUACCAGAACCUAAAAGCAUUCCAAUUUUCAAAGAUCUCACAACGGAUAUGGGAUUUUAUACCAGUAAAGAUUUCUUACCGCUCGUUUCAAAAGGAAGCAAAAGAGGAAUGUGUGUCUGUAAGUCCGCCCUGCCAGAGCUGUACGGCAACGUGAUAGUCCUGGGAGCGGGGGACACCGCCUUCGACUGCGCGACGUCCGCCCUGCGCUGCGGCGCUAGGCGAGUGUUCGUCGUGUUCCGGAAGGGCUUCACUAACAUCAGGGCUGUCCCGGAAGAGGUUGACCUCGCUAAAGAUGAAAAAUGUGAAUUCGUGCCGUUCAUGUCUCCACAGGAAGUUAUUGUGCGGGACGGAAAGAUUGUUGCUCUUAAAAUGUGUCGCACGGAGCAAUUAGAAGACGGUGAAUGGAUCGAGGACCCGGACCAAGUUAUGCAGUUAAAAGCCAAUUUCAUAAUAUCAGCCUUCGGAUCCGGCCUUUAUGAUAAUGAAGUAAAAGAAGCUAUGGCGAGUGUGAAGCUAAACCGUUGGGGGCUACCAGAAGCGCACGAAACAACUAUGCAGAGUGUUAGCAUUCCUCAAGUGUUCGUCGGCGGAGAUCUCGCUGGUGUCGCGGAGACCACGGUCGAAUCUGUUAACGAUGGAAAAACUGCCGCUUGGUUUAUGCAUUGUUAUUUACAGGGUAUUCCAUAUGAUUCUCCAGUCGAACUGCCAAAGUUUCACUGCCCCAUAGACGAGGUAGAUCUGUCAGUGGAGGUGUGCGGCAUUCGCUUCGAGAACCCGUUCGGUUUAGCGAGUGCUCCUCCCACCACCAGCUCCGCCAUGAUCCGACGAGCUUUCGAACAGGGCUGGGGCUUCGUUGUUACGAAGACAUUUGGACUUGAUAAGGAUCUGGUGACCAACGUGUCCCCGCGCAUCGUGCGCGGCGUGACGUCGGGCGAGAGCUUCGGGCCGGGACAGGGGUCGUUCCUCAACAUCGAGCUCAUCUCGGAGAAGUGCGCCGCCUACUGGUGCCAGAGUAUAACGGAGCUGAAACGAGAUUUCCCGACGAAGGUGGUUAUAGCAUCAAUAAUGUGCUCGUAUAACGAAGCUGACUGGACGGAGCUGUCUCAGAGUGCGGAGGCGUCGGGCGCAGACGCGUUGGAGCUCAAUCUGUCGUGUCCACACGGAAUGGGAGAGUCCGGGAUGGGGCUCGCUUGUGGGCAGGACCCAGUGUUAGUCAAAGGAAUAUCUCAAUGGGUGCGGAAGGCAAUAAAGAUUCCCUUCUUCGUAAAGCUAACGCCAAAUAUCACCGAUAUCGUAGGAAUUGCAAAGGCAGCUUAUGAAGGUGGAGCGAGCGGCGUGUCAGCUAUUAACACUGUUUCGGGUUUGAUGUCUAUAAGAGCGGAUGCGACGCCAUGGCCGAAAGUUGGUCGCGAAAAGAACACGACUUAUGGUGGCGUGUCCGGUAACGCCACCCGCCCCAUGGGCCUGCGCGCCGUAUCCGCCAUCGCCAACAAGCUGCCCGCCUUCCCCAUACUGGGCAUCGGUGGCAUCGACUCCGCAGACUCCGCCUUGCAGUUUAUUAUGUGCGGAGCGCCUGUUGUUCAGAUCUGUAGCGCGGUUCAAAAUCAAGACUUUACAUUGGUAGAGGAUUAUAUAACAGGUCUCAAAGCUCUUUUAUAUCUACGUUCUCAAGGCCUAACCGGUUGGACCGGUCAGUCUCCUCCAACCCCUAAACAUCAGAAAGGCAAACCGGUUCAGACUCUGUAUGAUGAUAAUGGCAAGGUGCUGGCACAUUUUGGUCCAUAUAAUAGAAAACGUGAAGAAUUACUUCAUAAUAUUAGGCUCAGUUCUGAUAUAUUGAGUGAAAAUAAGAUCGAUUGUCCUUUAGCUAAGAAGGAUAUUAUUGUCAAUGGAAAUGUCAAUGUGCCUCGAAUUCAGGACGUUGUGGGUGAAGCAUUGCCAAGGAUUGGCACGUAUAAACAUUUGGACAACACCAAGCAAGUUGUGGCUCUAAUUGAUGAUGAUAUGUGUAUAAAUUGCGGUAAAUGCUAUAUGGCCUGUGCAGACUCAGGGUACCAAGCUAUCGAAUUCGAUCCAGAAACGCACAUACCACACGUAACGGACGACUGCACGGGGUGUACCUUGUGCCUAUCAGUUUGUCCUAUCAUUGAUUGCAUAUCGAUGGUGCCGAAACAAAUACCUCACAUCAUCAAACGAGGCUUGCAUUAUCAAGUUCACCCGGUUUCGCCAUUGGGUUCCGUGUGUCAAUAAAACAAUAUAUAUGGUAAAAAUGUAUUCAAAUAUAAAAAUAUAUUUCUAUGAAGUAACAAAUA